AUGGAACAAAGGCGACAUGCAUUAUGGAGAUUAAAGCUUGCAAUUGUGGCAAUUAUUCUGCUCUUGUGGAGACAUACCCAGGCAAAUAUAAGAUAUUCCAUUCUUGAGGAGCAAAAAAACGGCACUGUGGUUGGAAAUAUUGCAAAAGAUUUAGGUAUUGAUCACAGAACUCUAAAGGAGAGAGGAUUUCGUGUCGUAUCUACAGCAGGAGAAUCUCCAUUUAAACAAAAUCAUAACGAUGGUGUACUGUAUAUUAAUGGGACAAUAGACAGAGAGGAGGUAUGUGAGAAAGUCAUCUCGUGCUUAAUUAAUCUGAAGGUCUCUCUUCAAAAUCCCCUAGAGAUUUAUUACGUAGCAGUUGAGAUUGUGGACAUAAACGAUCAUGCUCCGAUAUUCCCGGAAAAGGAAAAGCGUCUGGAAAUAUCAGAAAACGCCGUAUCUGGCUCACGGUUUCAGCUACCAGCAGCACGCGAUCCAGACAGUGGUACAAAUUCUGUGCAAACAUAUAAAAUCAGCCAUAAUGAACAUUUUCGAAUUGAAAUUAGAGACAGAGGAGCGGAACGAAAAAUGCCUUUCCUAAUUUUACAAAAACAGUUAGACAGGGAAAGCAAUCCUAGCCAUAGGAUCCUCCUUACUACACUCGACGGUGGAAACCCACCCAAAACUGGGACUAUACAAAUAACUGUAGAUGUCCUAGAUAUAAACGACAACAGUCCAGUAUUUAUUAAAGACUCGUAUUCUGCUAAAAUUGUUGAAAACGCGCCAAUAGGUACAACGGUAAUACAGGUAAACGCAACUGACCUAGAUGAUGGUUUAAAUGGUGAAGUGUUUUACGUGUUUGGUCAUGAAGUGGACGAUGACGUGCGUGGGCUUUUUUAUCUAGAUCCCAUAACGGGAGAGUUGGUUAUUAAAGGACUAAUAGAUUUUGAGCAAAAGGAUCAAUAUGAGAUUGAUAUUCAGGCAUCGGAUAAAGCAGCUGUACCCCUAACAUCGGAUAAGAGUAUCUUACUACACAUUAUUGACGUAAAUGAUAAUGCGCCCGAAAUUGAAGUGAUGUCAUUUUCAAACACGGUUCCAGAGGAUUCCAAGUUGGGAACUACUGUAGCAUUAAUAAGUGUGAGUGAUUUGGAUUCUGGUGCCAAUGGAAAAGUGUCCUGCUUGUUACCCGAAAACAAAGCUUUUAGAUUAAUACAGUCAUCGCAGGAUAAUAUUUAUUCACUGACAACUGCGGCACUGCUCGAUCGAGAGAAAAUAUCACAAUUUGAAAUAAUCUUAGUUGCCAAAGACACAGGAAAACCCUCACUGACGUCAUUUAAAACCAUAACUGUCCUUGUAUCUGAUGUCAAUGAUAAUAGUCCAGAAUUUUCCCUGAACCCAUAUACUUUUUAUGUUACUGAAAAUAAUGUACCAGGCAAACCCUUGUUUUCUGUAUUUGCUUCUGACCGCGAUUUAGAAAUAAACGCCAUGAUAACCUACGACAUUCUGAGAGACAAUGGUGAGAAAAACAAGUAUUCACCACUAAUAAACAUAAACUCUGAAAAUGGAGAGGUAUCAGCACUAAAAAGUUUUGACUUUGAGAAAGUAAAAACAUUUCAGUUCCAUGUUGUUGCUACAGAUUCUGGAACUCCAUCGUUAAGAAGCAACGUCUCAGUAAAAGUUUUCAUUCUGGAUCAGAACGACAAUGCUCCAGUGAUCUUAUGUACAGUCAGUGCUAACGGUUCUGCUGAAGGUGUGGAAGAAAUUCCACGUAAUGUGAAUGCAGGGCAUUUGGUGACUAAAUUGAGAGCCUAUGACAAAGAUAUAGGAUACAAUGGCUGGUUAUUGUAUUCUUUGCUAGAAGUAAGUGACCACAGUCUCUUCGGUUUGGACCGCUAUACAGGACAGAUCAGGACCCUUCGCUCAUUCACAGAAACAGACGAGGCCAACCAUAAACUUGUUAUCCUGGUUAAAGACAAUGGCAACGUUUCACUUUCUGCAACAGCAACUCUUAUCGUCAAGGCUGUGGAGCCCAAAGAAGCCGUUACUUCCUCCGAUGUUAAUAAAACAACAAAAGACGCAGAAGAAAAAAACAUUUUGUUUCAUUUAAUAAUUACUUUGGGAUCGGUUUCAAUGCUUUUUUUAAUAAGCAUUAUUGUGCUUAUAAUAAUGCAGUGCUCAAAAUCUACAGACUAUUCCUCCAAGUAUAUACAAGAUACAGCUUAUGAUGGGACAUUGUGUCACAGCAUUCAUUACAGAUCUGGAAAUAAAAAGUACAUGCUAGUUGGACCCAGAAUGAGUAUUGGCUCCACUUUAGUUUCUGGCAGUAACGGGAAUACUCUAGUGGUACCAGAUCGCAAACAAGGAGAUUCUAAAGAGGUAAGCAGUCUCUCCGUUACAUAUCUAUUACUUUAUUAA